UAUAUAUAAAAGCUUGGCCAAUCCAAGUCAGAUUAUGAAUUUAAGCGCUUAGUUUUGAAUUCUCCGAACACUCUCCCGCCAAAAAUUUUCUGUCGCAAUAUUCUUAUCAAAUUUCCUUCAUCUUUAUUUUGUCAAUCUCUUGUGUUGAUUUUUGUUCUGGGGAUUUCCAGUUCGGACAUAUAAGCUGUUUGAUGAAUUGCUUCUGAUGAAUUGCAGUAAUAAGAGGACUACUGUUUGAGAUUUAAGGAAAAUGUACGGUAAAAAAGCAAGUGAGUUAGUGAAAGAAUUUGUGAGCUGCGAACCUGGGCAGCUUACCACUUUCAAUAAUGUCCUAUUUGCUCAAGUGAUUGAAGAGUGUAAUGGUCAUCUCCUUCACCUACAGCCCUUAAUGAGGAAAAUACAAGAGCAUGAAAAUAAGUUGAAAGAUAAUAGGAGGUCAGAAGAUGAAAUGGCAAUAUCAGAGGAUGAGAAGAGGAAAUCAGAAGCUGAAAAGAUACUCAUCCAGACAGCUAUGAAAUCAGAUCAGUUUGGUGCACUGAUCCAUCACCUGUCAUUGGUCCGCAAUAAGCGCUGUCUCAUGGCUUACGUAUAUAAUCGAGCAGAAGUUAUCAGAAGUUUGGGAUGGGUGGUUGACUGUGUUCUUCCAGAAGAAAUUGAAGAGAAACUCAAUAGCUCAGAGAAAGAAUAUUUCAAGAAUCAUGCUGCGACUCUACAAUCAUAUAUGUCAGAACUUGAUCUUGAUUUGACAGUGGAUAUGGUUCCUCCCAAAGAUCCAUACGUCAAGGUGAGGGUUCUUGAUGACAUUGGUGAAGUUGUGCUUAGUGAUCAGGUAGCCAACCUAGCUCGCCAUGCAAUGUUAUUCCUGCGGAGAACCGAUGCUGAGCAGUACAUCUCUCAGGGCUUAAUGGAAGAACUAACUGGUUGACUGGAACGUUGGAGUGUCCGGUGUGGCUGUAAUAAUUGCAGUCGAAAAGGUUCAAUAUUUAUACAACUAUUACGCACGAAUAAACUGGUUAUUUAAAGAAAGCAUAAUGGGCAUCCAAGAAUGCAUCCUUUCCAUGUUCUACUAGGUUUGAUCAUGAGAAUACAGUUAGUUGAGAGGAAGACAUGUCUCGUCCCUGAGUUCUUGUUUUAGAGAGCACUGUUAGAGAAGUUACUGUUGAAGAAUCAAAUUUGGGUGCCAAGUAUUUGUAAUAUUGUCAAAAGUAUAACUAAAUUUGAUAACUCAUGCAAGAAGCAGAAGAAUUUGAUAACUGAUGGGCUACCAUUGGGUGAUCUUCAAGUUAAAUAAAGCAAGCAGAGUGAAGCAA